AUGUCAACCAAUGAGGAGAGCAGACUCACAGCUUCUGCUUAUCUGCAGGCAGCCAGGACAGCCUCAGUCCGGGCAGUUUAUCUUGUCAUGCACACUCGCCUCCAGCAACCAUUUAAUCUGGAGGUGGACACCGCUCAGGCCUCCUCAGCUCGGCCGGCGGAGCUCCAGGGAUCCCUGCGGAUGAACAACAUUUCCUCUCGACGGCCUCCCUCAGCGGGACGAUGCUGCUCCGCGGCUGGCAGGGAUGAAAUGAACUUGCAGAGCAUGCGCCGCAUCCCUGACAGUCCUGCCAACGAAGACCACACAGUCACAAUGUCAGUGCUUUCGGUCCAUUAG